AUGAGGUUUUCCACGCCAAUUCUCCUCCUUGCCUCGGCUCUCCUCGUCGGCAUCAAUGGUGCCCCGGCUGGGUCCGAUGUCUCGCCCAGAGACUACGGCGAGCUUGGUGCAGAGGCAGACGUACCCAAGAUCGAUGCUCCAGUCGCUGCAGCCGCUGUUGAACAGCCAGCCGCGCUAGACGCGCGCAACGGCGAAGAGAUCCAGCCCCGACAGAUCGCCAAGCUUCUCGGCAAGCUUCUUGGCAAGAACAAGAACAAGAACAAGAACAAGAACAAGGCCAAGGCCAAUGCGAACACUGCGAACAGACCGGCCAACGCAGCGACUCCGGCCAAGGCCAAGGGCAAAGCCACUCCAGCCAAGGCGAACCCAACUCCGCCAAAGGCUAGCACACCUACUGCUCCCAAGGCACCUGCUGCUCCUCCCAAGCCAGCCGCUCCCGCCACCCCGCAAACGCCCGCGACUCCUCCUAAGGCCCCUCCUGCCAAUCAGCCUGCCGCCGCUCCGAAGAAGUCGGCUCCUGCUGCUAAUGCCGGGGCCGCUGCGGCCGCCAACGGUGCCGCCAAAGGUAACCAGACUCCAACAAAGCCUGCCCCCGCCCCAGUCGGCGUUGUCGCUACAAAGCCCAAACCUGCAGCCGGCAACCCUAAUAGCCCAGCCCCUGCACCUGCAGGAGCCCUUGUGGCUGGCGCGCUCGUAGGAGGAGCCCAAGGUGGCAAGCCGGCAGCGGCACCUCCAACUGCCCCGAAGCAAGGUGCCGGAAGUGGCCUACCCCUUGCCGUUCCCGGAAAGAAGACCCUUGAAUGA